AGUACAAUUGACAGAGGCCAUAUGUUUUUUUAAGUCGAAAGACGAAAUCGUGUUUUGUAUUUAUGUUUACGAUAAACUACAUUUAAAUCUGUUAACAAUUAUUAAUAAUGACAUAAACAUGUCCAGUUAAUAUUAAAGAGUUCAACGAUCCAAAAGUGGGAAAUACCUUUGAAAUGAAACGAGUUAAAGUGAAGCAAAGCUGUCCAAAUCCACUCUUCGAAUGUUGGUUGCAAGAAUGGAAAGAUGAAGCAGCAAAUAAAGGAUCUGACAUGCAAUAUUGCUUUUCCAAAGCGCUGAAUACUUUGAAAAAAUAUCCAUUGCCUUUAGAUUCUGGAAAAGAUUGUAUUAUAUUACAGCAUUUUGGAACUAAGUUAUGUUCUAUGCUGGAUAGAAAGCUCAAAGAAUACAGACAACAAAGCACGAAAUCUUUUAACAAUGUCAUUAAAUAUGUUGAAAAUGACAUUGAUGUUGAUAAGUCUACAAAACAAAAUACUAAAAAGAAAAGUGAUACUAGUGUUAUUGCAGAAAAGCAUGUAUCACCUGAUUCAUUGAAUAAGCAGUAUGUGCCAGCAUGCAGAUCGGGUGGCUAUGCUAUAUUGUUAACAUUGUACAAUAAAACAAAAAAGUCUGAUUACAUAGGGUACAUGUGUAAAAAAAGUAUAGAAGAGGAUGCUCAAGUCUUAUGUGAUAAGUCCUUCAAAAGGCCAGAUCCUGGUUCAUAUUAUACAGCAUGGUCAUCAAUGUCUACUCUAAUUACAAAGGGUUUAGUUAUUAAAUUCAGUAAUCCUGCAAAGUAUAAGCUCACUGAUCAAGGAUUAGCUCUUGCCAUGAAAUUAUCAGAAGUGGACAAAUAUGAAUCACAAUCUACUUCUUCCUAUAACGAAGGAAAAAGUACUGUAACAAAAGCUUCAAAAGUUAAAGUACAUUCAUUGUCACUUAGUGAUUCAGAUAAUCCUGAUUACUCAGGAAAUGUUUACACUGAUUUGAAAGAAUUGGAUUUGCCUAAUUUAUCACCUGAGAUAAACACAAAAGCAUUGACAUGCUUAGAAAGUAGAACAACUAAUAAUUAUUGCAAUGAUGCAAUUGAUGUUUUGGAAAUAGAAAGUUCACCUGAACAGCUAUCAGAAUCUCUAGAACCGGUUGUAUAUAUAAAUACAAAAUCUAGCAAUGAAUAUGCCCUAGAAAAUCAUUUGCAAAUAACUGACAAAAUUACUAGUAAUAAAAUGAAUAAAAGUAAAGAAACAGAAAGAAAUGCUGUAUUACAAAUUGAGAAUAUCGUUACACAGUCACCAUCAUCUCCGACCUCAACUUUAAUGAAGAAUUCUUGGAAUUGUGAACCAAAUACAUUUGACAUUAUACUAUUAGUAGAUACACAAGAAACUGCUGGUGGUAAAACAAAGCCCAAAGAUGACGCUACUAUUGCAGAACUUUCUCAGACUAAAGUAUUAUUCGAAAUACGACAUUUAAAAGUUGGCGAUUUCACGUGGAUUGCUAGGUGCAGGAAAACCAACAAUGAAUUAAUAUUACCAUAUAUAGUAGAAAGAAAAAGAAUUGACGAUUUGAGUUCUAGCAUCAGAGAUGGAAGAUUUCACGAGCAAAAGUUUCGGCUUAAGCAAUCGGGCAUUGAGAAUCUGAUAUACAUGGUUGAAAGUCAUGGUAACAAUAAACAUACUGUGAUACCAUUAACUACAUUGUUACAAGCUGCAGUAAAUUCAAUGGUGCAAGAAGGGUUUACUGUUAAAUAUACAAAUAGUCAUCGGGAUUCAAUGUUGUAUUUAGCUACACUGACGAGAAUUUUAACACAAACUUAUGAGAAGAAACACUUAAUAUGCUGCAAAAAGGAGAAUGUAGUUACAAAUAAUAUCAUGAGUAGAACAAUAGCACUUAUGGAUUUUAACCUGUUCAAUAAAUCUGCAUCAAAGACAAAGAAUUUCAAAGUUAAAGAAAUGUUGAUUCGGCAAUUGCUGCAAUUAAAAGGGCUAUCGGUUGAAAAAGCAUUGGCUAUAGUAGAAAAAUAUCCUACACCAAGAAUAUUAUCAGAGUCUUUGAAUAAUGCAAAACAUGACGGAGAUAAAUUAUUGGCAUCGAUACAAUGUGGAUACAUGAAAAGACAAUUGGGACCUACCAUUAGUAGAACAGUUUACCAACUUUAUACAAAGAGAACAUUAAGUUAAACCAUAUUGGGUAUCCUCAUACACGUAAACGUAUACUGGAAACGUUAUACUUGAAAGUUAAUAUUGCCACUUGUAAAAAACAUACAUUAUAAAGUUUACCUUAAUCUACAUUGACUAUUACUAGGUAUUAUUAAAAGAACAAUAUUAUAUCAAGUUUUAUUUAUUUUA